CAUCAACCACAUUACCUCACAGCUAUUUGCAUAAGGGUCCAGAGGCAGUACAGUAUAAGUACAGAGACACAAGCUAUCCAAAGAGAACUUAGCAACGGUUCUAUUGGAUACUGCCUGCUUCUGUAGCAGAAGAGGAGCAACUUUGAAGCUCAGAUGUGCAAACAGCUUUAAAGGCAGACGCAUCCAGCAGAAGUCUAAAACUACAAACCAGUUGCAGGAAAUCAGAAUGCCAUCUAUCCAGCUGCCAGUGCUACUCCUUUGCCUGACCUUGUCUGGUGUUUGCCUCAACGGCAAGCAGUCCCCUCCAGAAGUAAGUGAAAAAACGGGAAGAAGUUCCCUGGAUGACAUCCUGCAGAGAUCUAGGAGCCACAUGCUUCCAUCUGUUGUCAAGAAAGUUGAGAAGAAAGAAGAGAUGAAUAAAGAACUAAAUGUGCCUCUACCACAACGGCUUUCCAAAAGACAACAUCCUGGAAAAAGAUACAUAAGCGACCUAGAGAAGAGACAGCAUCCUGGAAAAAGGAAUGCUGAAGAAGAGGCAUCUUUUGGAGACAUUCAGAAGAGACAGAAUUUAGGGAAAACAGAAGUAGAAAGCUACCUUGCCAACUACCUGGAGCUGAAAAAGCGACAGCAUCCUGGCAGAAGGUCACUGUGGGACCAGUCCACUGACAUCUCUAGUUCACAGCUAACUUACUUAAAUGAGUUAUCCAGGAGGCAGCAUCCAGGCAGAAGAUAUCUGAUGUAUAAGCACCAGCAUCCUAGCAAGAGAAGCUGGAAUGAUGAGCUAGACCUAGAUGAUCAAAACUGGGAGAAAAACCAGCACUUUGGAAAAAGGGACAGGGAUUCUGACAGCCCAGAUCAUGCAGGUCCCUGUGAUCUUCAGCAUUCUGCCAUUUGUAACAAAGGAAGCUUGUUACUUGACUUAGCAGAAAAAUCUAGUAAAGAGAGGUUAGAAGAAAAACGUCAGCACCCAGGAAGGAGGUCAGCAAGGGAGAACAAAACAGAGGAAUGAGAAAGUAAUUGUUUAUCAUUUGAAUAUGGUGAAGUAAAAUGACAGAACAAAAAAAAAUGUUUAUUCCCUUCUGGCUUCCUGCUGCUGACCUCCAAACCUAUCUUUCAGUGAGUGAGUGUCCUCAUCUAAACCAGUGGUUUUGUCACACACCUCAAGUAAAGGAACUGGGAAGCACUCAGCUGAAUAGAAUA